AUGCCAAGUGAAAAACAUAGUAAGAUACAUCUGGUGGAUCUGGCUGGCAGUGAGAGAGCUGAUGCUACUGGUGCCAGUGGACUAAGAUUAAAGGAGAGUGGAAGUAUCAAUAAAUCAUUGGUAACACUGGGCAAUGUUAUCUCUACACUAGCUGAAAGUUGUGAGAAUGAUGGAAAAAGAAGAAAUAUAUUUAUACCAUACCGAGACUCUGUUUUAACAUGGCUACUUAAAGAUAGUCUGGGAGGAAACGCUAAAACUAUUAUGAUAGCUAGUAAGUAG